AUGACAGCACAUCAAAAUGGCACCAUCUCCGUUCAGGUUUCAGACUUCCUCCUGAAUUGUUUUGUCAGGUCCCCCAGCUGGAAGCUCUGGUUGUCCCUGCCACUCAGCCUCCUCUUUCUCCUGGCCAUGGGAGCCAAUAGUGUUCUCCUGAUCACCAUCUGGCUGGAAGCCUCUCUGCAUGAACCCAUGUAUUACCUGCUCAGUUUCCUGUCACUAUUGGAUAUCGUGCUCUGCCUCACUGUCAUCCCCAAGGUCCUGGCCAUCUUCUGGUUUGACCUCAAGUCCAUCAGCUUCUAUGCCUGCUUCCUCCAGAUGUACAUCAUGAAUUGCUUCCUUGGCAUGGAGUCCUGCACAUUCAUGGUCAUGGCCUAUGACCGCUAUGUAGCCAUCUGCCACCCACUGAGGUACCCAUCCAUCAUCACUGACCAUUUCGUAGCCAAAGCUGCCAUUUUUACUUUGGCCAGAAAUGCACUUCUUACUAUAUUCAUUCCCAUCCUCUCUGCCCGGCUCCAUUAUUGUGGAAAAAAUAUAAUUGAUAAUUGUAUCUGUGCCAAUCUCUCUGUGUCCAAGCUCUCCUGUGAUAAUAUUGCCCUUAACAGAAUUUUCCAGUUAAUUCUGGCCUGGACUCUACUGGGCUCUGACCUGACCCUCAUCAUCUUCUCCUAUACCUUCAUCCUACGAGCCGUUCUUAGACUUAAGACAAAAGGGGCAGCUGCCAAAGCUCUGAACACUUGUGGCUCUCACUUCAUCCUCAUCCUCUUCUUCAGCACCAUCCUGCUAGUUUUUGUUUUUACCCACAUUGCCAAGAAAAAAAUUUCCCCUGAUAUCCCUGUCUUACUUAAUGUGUUACACCAUGUAAUUCCUGCAGCUCUCAACCCCAUUGUCUAUGGGGUACGAACUCAGGAGAUUAAAGAGGGGAUUAGGAAAUUACUGAGGAGGGCAAGAGAGAACAGAAAGUAAUCAUGCUCUUGCUUGGCUCUUCUCAAAACUACAAUCAGAAGGCAGGGACAGGGAGAUAGAAAUAGUCUUAAUCUUCUCAUUGGGGCAUGCCUGAUGAUAAAAACUAUAUGGUUUCCCUUUACCCACAGUCACAUCACACUUCUUACCCACCAUGGUUUUCUGAAGAGACUAAGGAUAUGGCCCUCCUUUCCCUACCUGACUUUGUCCUCAAGUCCUUUGGUCAGAACUGCCU